AUGGAUCCCCGGGACCGGGAGGACGGGCCAAUUCAAGAAGCCGGCGCCGCCGGCAGCGAUUCCAGCGACGGCAGUGGCGAAUGCGGCGUCGCGUCCCCGUACCGCUGGCUGCGGCGGCUCUCCCGGGAGCUGCACUGGAGCUUCGUGCUCGCGGUCUUCGCCGUCUACGGGGCCUGCCAGGGCGUGGGCGACGCCGUCGGGGUGGUCGCCGCCACGUACUACUGCAAGGACGUGCUGCGCGUCCAGCCGGCCGCCGCGCAGUUCUACCAGGGCAUCGUCAACUCGCCCUGGGUCGUCAAGCCCAUCUGGGGCCUGCUCACCGACGUCGUCCCCGUCGCCGGGUACCGCCGCCGCCCCUACUUCCUCCUCGCAGGCGUGAUUGGUGUGUCAUCUAUGCUGAUGCUAUCUCUGCAAAGCAAUCCUGGCAUCGUUGUGGGAGUCGUAGCGCUGACGGCGCAGAGCACGGGCGCGGCCAUGGCCGACGUGACGCUGGACGCCCUGGUUGCGCAGAACAGCAUCACAAACCCGCCGCUGGCUUCCGACAUGCAGAGCCUGUGUGGGUUUAGCUCCUCCGUUGGGUCACUGAUUGGCUUCUCCAUCAGCGGCCUUCUUGUCCACUUAAUGGGUGCUCAGGGGGCUCUUGGCUUGUUGAGUAUCCCCUCAGCACUGGUGUUCUCGGCUGGGAUUCUCCUGAAGGAGAGCCGCGUGACAGAUUUCGAUUACAAGCAGGUUCACAAGAAGUUCUACACAGCAAUUCAGUCCAUGGGGGCAACAUUGAAGUGCCCUGAAGUCUGGCGGCCAUGUGUGUACCUAUAUGUUUCUCUCAAUCUAAGCCUGGACAUCCAAGGAGGAAUGUUCUACUGGCUCACUGACCGACUAACCGGACCAGCAUUUUCUGAGGAAUUUAUUGGUGCUAUCUAUGCAAUCGGUUCGGUGGGCUCACUACUCGGAGUUUUACUAUACCAAACUGUUCUAAAGGACUGCAAUUUCCGCAGCAUGCUUUUAUGGGGUCAAGUUCUGUCAAGUCUGGCAGGGAUGCUUGAUCUAAUGCUAGUGACCCGGCUAAACACGAAAAUCAGCAUACCAGAUUACAUAUUUGCCGUGGUUGAUAGCGCUGUUUGUCAAAUGGUCGGUAGACUCCAAUGGCUGCCGCUUCUCGUACUUUGCUCCAAGCUCUGUCCUCCAGGCAUCGAAGGAACCUUCUAUGCACUGCUCAUGUCUAUACAAAACGCGGGGCUGCUUAUGUCUUCUUGGUGGGGUGGCCUUCUGCUACACAUGCUGAAUGUGACUCGAACUGAGUUCAGUAACCUUUGGCUUGCUGUAUUGAUUAGGAACGUCUCAAGGCUGCUCCCGCUGAUGCUUCUAUUUCUUGUUCCUCAAAGUGACCAGAAUUCAACGCUCCUUCCUGCCCACAUACUCCAAGACGAAGUUGUUAAGGAUGAAUCAGGCAGUGCUCAGUUCUCGGUCCUUGUUGCAGAUGAUUCUUGCUGUCACCCUUCCAGUGUGGAUGCUGAAAAUGAUAGAAUGAAAGUGCUUGAUGAUGGGGGAGAUGAUAUAGAGCUGAUCCCUCUGAUGAACAAGACCACGACGGCUGGUUGAUCAGUUCAUGAGUAAGCGGGCUGAUUCGUCAUCCGUUUAUGCCCUGACCUACUGAUUCUAUUCUUCUAACCGUUGGUAGCUGACUGACAAGAUAUACUUUGCUAGUAUGUACUAGUUUUGACAAUGUGUUUAUAUGUAAUAGUUUCUAUAGGUAAAAGCAGGAGAGUAGCAAGCAGACACAUAAUUUUUUCUUCUUUCUUUUCUUCUGUUAA